AGCCACACACUGUUGGACUUGCUGUUUUUCAGUUGACAUUGUAAACCUAAAGGUGCAGCUGACCAGCCUGCCUUGUCUGUGGAUGUGAAAGAUUUCUCAGCACAACCUGAAAGAAGAGCAAAGGGUGUCCUUUCUGACGCUGAGUCUGACCAGAUUUUGUGUCGGUGUCUGUGCAGUGGGACUUGAACCCGUGACGUCCUGACCUCGAGGGUCAGUGUGAUGGCUAAUGAGAAGAUGUUCCUGCUGAAUCCCUUGGUGGGUGAAGAGGGGAUGAAAUCUCACCACGUGGUUCAAGGAAAUGUAGUGCAGGGCUGUACCCAUCGACACUGGUAUCUGUGGGUAUCGAUUCCCACCAUGAUACUUCUUCUCGGUCUAAAUGCCUCCUGGUCUCACCAUUGGUGGACAGUCGGGCACUCUGCCAUCAGCUGGGCAGAGGUUCCAGAGAGGGAAGUGCGCCAUGUGCAACCCUGGAAUAGGCAGGAGGAUGGACGGAGAGAUCUUGACAGCUGCUCCCGGAUCCCGGAAAGCCGCAGGUUUGACUGUUACCCCGAAAGAGACCGAGUGGUCACCCGGGAGCUGUGUGAGCAGCGUGCCUGCUGUUUUAUCCAGGUACCCCCAAAUCUAGCUGGGGUGCCCUGGUGCUUCUACCCACCCAACUUUCCGAGUUACACCCUGAGGAACCGGACCCUCACAGAGCUGGGCGAAGCCGGAGAGCUGCUGCGAUGGAAUAAAACCUACUACCCACGGGAUGUUUUCAAACUUCAACUCAACGUGAUGUUUGAAGCCAACAGCAGACUUCACAUCCAGAUAAAUGAUUCUUCAAAUCCACGAUAUGAGGUUCCCAUUGAUGUUCCCAAGGCAACCCAGAAAGCUAAGAAUCCAUUGUAUACUGUGGAAUAUUCUGUGGAUCCAUUUGGAAUCAUCGUGAAGAGGAGAUCGACAGGGACAGUGCUGUUAAACACGACGGUGGCUCCUCUGUUCUUUGCUGACCAGUUCCUGCAGAUGUCGACCCUGCUGCCUUCAGUUCACAUCUAUGGCCUUGGGGAACACCGGACUGGUUUCCUGCAGAGCGUCCAGUGGAACACUUUGACUUUCUGGGCCCGUGACAGUGUGCCAAGGGAGUUUGUUAACCUCUAUGGGGUCCACCCCUUUUACCUGUCUCUGGAGCCCGAUGGAAUGUCACAUGGUGUUUUCCUCCUCAACAGCAAUGCAAUGGAUGUGGUCCUCCAGCCUGCUCCUGCCCUGACCUGGAGAACUAUUGGAGGGAUUCUUGACUUCUACAUAUUCAUGGGCCCUGACCCCAACUCAGUCAUCCAACAGUACCUAGAGGUCAUCGGUUUGCCAGCGAUGGUGCCUGCUUGGGGCCUUGGAUUCCAUCUCUGCCGCUGGGGAUACGGGUCAAGUAACACCACUUGGGAGAUAGUGAAGCAGAUGAGAAAAGCUGGCAUACCCCAGGAUGCUCAGUGGAAUGAUAUUGAUUACAUGAUUGAUUAUCGGGAUUUCACCUUUGACCCUCAGAACUUUGCCACCCUUCCUCAGAUGGUUGCAGACCUGCACUCCCAUGGACAACAAUAUGUCAUGAUUGUGGACCCAGGAAUCAGCAGUGUCCAGCCACCAGGUUCGUACUGGCCAUAUGACGAAGGUCUAAAGCAAGGAGUUUUCAUCAACUAUAUGUCUGGAAGCCCUCUGAUCGGAAAGGUUUGGCCUGGAUUGACAGCAUUCCCUGACUUCACAAAUCCCAACACGCACCAGUGGUGGUUUAAGAAUUUGCUGCAGUUUCACAAAGCUGUGCCCUUUGAUGGGCUCUGGAUUGAUAUGAAUGAGCCCUCAAACUUUGUGGAUGGAUCGCAGGCUGGUUGUCCUUCGAAUGAACUUGAAAAUCCACCAUACGUCCCAGGAGUACUAGGUGGCACUUUACGCAGUCAAACUAUUUGUGCCUCGGCAAAACAGAGUGCAACAACACACUAUAAUGUACACAGUCUAUACGGGCUCAUGGAGGCCAAAGCCUCUGCGAGUGCUUUAGUUAAAAUCCGUAAGAAACGUCCAUUUGUAAUUUCCCGAUCAACAUUCCCAAGUCAAGGCAGGUAUUCUGGACACUGGCUGGGAGACAACGAGAGUAAAUGGAAGGACAUGCACUUUUCAAUUGCAGGCAUCCUGAACUUCAAUAUGUUUGGCAUUCCUCUUGUGGGAGCAGAUAUUUGUGGAUUUAGGGGGAGUACCACUGAGGAAUUGUGUAUCAGAUGGAUGCAACUUGGUGCUUUCUACCCAUUCUCCCGAAACCACAAUACAGAAAAGGAGAAGGCUCAGGACCCUCUGGCUUUCAGUGAAUCCGCUCAGGACGCAAUGAAGCGUACUCUCUUUAUCCGCAACUCGCUGCUGCCAUACCUCUACACACUUUUCCAUCACUCACAUGUUUUCGGAGAAACAGUUGCCAGAGCCAUUCUUUUUGAGUUUCCUGAAGAUCGAAACACCUACUCCAUCGACAAACAGUUUCUAUUGGGUAGCAGCCUCCUCGUUAGCCCAGUGUUAGAGCCGGGGGCAGUCACUGUGAUGGCAUACUUCCCUCAAGGAGUUUGGUAUGACUUUUACACAGGUUCAGCCUUCAGUAGCACAGGAGAAUAUGUCAAACUUUCUGCCCCUCUGGACACCAUCAACCUACAUCUUCGUGAGGGAGCUAUUGUCCCCACACAGGAACCUGCCACAACCAUCUGGGUGAGUAGUGGGAACCCUCUUCACCUGUUGGUGGCUCUUUCCCAGGAUGCAUCAGCAAAGGGCUACCUCUUCUGGGACGAUGGGGAGAGCCUGGAUACCUAUGAGGGAAACAAUUACACUUAUGUUGAAUUUGCUGUGGACAAGAACCAACUGAUCUCCAAAGUGGUCCAUGUGAACAUUGAGGCUACUUACAUCAAGGUGAACACCUUAAGUGUCUAUGGAGUCACGUUUCGACCAUUGAAAGUUAUUGUAAAUCAGCAGCCAGUUUCCUUUUCCUAUUCUUCAAACCAGGUUCUGACAGUUGACAAUCUCCAUCUCCCCCUUGAGAAAGAGUUCCACAUCUCAUGGUCAUAACACCUUGGAGAAAACUUCAGAAUGAGCAAACGUCCUGAUAGGCAGACCAGGCCUGUGCUUGCCUCCUGUAUGAAGCGAUACAAACCUUCUGGAAAUAUACAGCAGACCAGUUGACAGCUGACAACAGAAAACAAGGGUGGGCUUUUGGGUGUGCACCUUUCUUGAAAGAGGCCCAUUCUUCCAAAGCAGCUCUAUGCAAACAUACUCAAACAUAAUUUGCAUUCAGGUUGAGUCUUUAAUUAAAUAAGGUUGUCCCUCAGCCAGUGAGUUUUGAAAAUCUACUUUGAAUGUUUUACUCAUGUUGUCUGGUCUCUGAUGUCUUUCCGGAAUCUGUGGUUUUCAGAUUCUGGUUCUUUUCUUCGCUCCCUUAUUUAGCUUUAAUUCCUUAUUUCCAUUUCCCCAUCAAAUUAUGUUCAACUUAACUCUGUACUGCUUGGCAAAGUUGAUAUUGAGAUGAUUCUGGUGUUGAUGUGUAAAAUAAGGCCUUCCAGGUAGCCUGCUGUGUAAACGAGAAUAAAUGAAAUCUCUUUGUCUUCCGUUCAUCAGGACAUAUGGAAAAAAGUCAAAUUUCAAAAGAAGCAGCAAUUUAUAUUGCAUGAAGAAAGCCUAUUGAUUGGUCAGAUUUGAUGAGUUGAGUUAUUGACAUGGAGAAUGCAUUAGUGAUUAUUGUUCACUAUGAUUUUGUUGAAAAACGUGGUGUGUGACAAAUUCCUUUUUAACUUUUUAUUUAUUCACAGAUGUGUCUAUUGUAUUUACUGCUGAUUCCUAAUUACAUAUGGGAAGGUAGUGGUGAGCCUCCUUGUUGAAGUGCUGCAAUCCUUGGUGUGUAGGUACACACAGCUUUCUGUUAGGGAGAGAGUUCCAGAGUUUUGACCCAGUAAUAGCGAAGGAACAGCAAUUAUAGCUCCAUGUUAGGAUGGUAUGUAACCUGGAGGACAGUGCAGGUGGUGAUGUUCUCAGGCUCUGCUGGCCUUGUCCUUCUAGAUUGUAGAGGUCACAGGUCUGGAAAAUGCUGCAGAGGGCAGGUUCCUGCUGACGAAUGUAUGUAACUUCCACCAAAUAUAGAUGAAAGAUAUUGCAAGCUCAGAUAAGGCCAUAACAUUGGUCUUGGCAGCAAUAGUAAGUAGGGCAGUGAGGCCUGAGCCAUUUGCACAAUAUGCAAGCUUGACACUAAAAUAUUGCGCAUCAAAGCUAUCUGAUGAAAUACUAGCUAUCGUUUCACACUGUUUCUAUGCACCAGCCACACAAUUGCUGUUUUUGAUUCCCA